GGGAGAGCUGAGGGCAGAGGGGAGGGACAGGCGCACAUCGCACGCAGCAGCCACUGUCCCUGCUACUGCCUCCCCCACACAUCACUGCUAUUGCUGCUGUGCCGGGACCCUCCUACCCUGCACACAGGGAGACCCUCCUCACUCGGGAGCCUGCUGGCUACAGCACACACCGCACUGCUACACACAUACACUCACAUACAACCAGUUAUUGCACAUAGAAGGGCCGGAUUACACAGAGCAGCUUCUGUGCUGCUGUCACUUUCACAGCUUUUAAUUAAGCAUCCCCCCCUAACACCUCCUCCCUCUGCCUCCCCUCCCUCCUCUGGGAAGCUAAGAGAAGAGGCAAAGAAAAGCACUGGGGGAACAAAGGAGGAGGGGGGCAAAGGAAUAGGGGAAGCGGCAGGGUAGAGAGAGAGAAGGCUGUGGGAGAGGAGCUGACCGCUGGCAGGUUCCGCUGAGACAGACGGCAGGAAGAGGCAGACAUCGCCGGAGCAGGCGGCACAGUGAGACAGCAGCAGCUACAUAAUAAGAGCGCCGUGUGCGCAUGGACCCUGCCAACGGAGACAGCUGCACAUACUGGAGAGACUGCAGCGGGGACAGACAGGUGCUGCCUAUCUUCCAGUGAGGAGAGCGUCUGGCACCUGCUCCCUCCGACUUGACUGCAGAUACGGGCAGCGUGUGAGAGGACACUCACCAUCUCCUGGUUACAGCCAGGCUGCUGAGCCUCCUCCAGGGAGUAGCACUGCUACACUUACCAUAGCAAAUCUUUUUCUAUUUGUAAUAACCACUGUAUGAGUACUGGCCCAUUAUACAUAUUAUACUCUUUCCAAUGGGCCCAUUCCCUUGACAUCUGAAGGGUCCUGACCUUGCUCUGUUUUUGGAGAGGAGCGGGUACCUCCAUCCUCACCAUCCCUGUCAGAGAAAUAUCUUCCAGUAGUAUCCCCUUAUUUCUUUCUGUUUGAUCAUCUGAUUAGUUUAGUGUGACUAAUUGUGUUUUUAUUUUUUUAUGGGGACUCAGGUUUUCAAUCAUUUUACUGUUUAAAAUUUCUUAAUAUUCUGUUUUAUGGUUCCCUGUAAAGGUUCUAUUAACUAGUGCCUUAUUCUUUGGGGGGGCUCAGCCCCCUUUUCAUACCAUUCUCUUGCUCUCUCAAACCAUGAAGCCCUUGGAGAAAUUUUUAAAGAAACAGAGCUCCCAUCUCUCCGGCCCCCGACACCUACAUCGGAGGCAAAGCGUUUCCAAAAUUUUGCCCUCUUUUCUGAGAGAUACCCCAGGAGACUCCUCUGGUGGGGAAAGAUGUGAGGAAGACCCUUCUGGAGAUCCCCAACCUUCUCAUGACUGCUUGGAGCUGCCUGAUGGACUGCGUUCCCCUCUCUCCUUUUCAUCUGAUGAACUGUCCCCUUCAGAACCUCUCACACCACCACCCGGGUCUGGUGGAUGGACGCUUUCCCCUCCUGGCCCUCUGCUUGCCCCUGAUACAUCGGAGGCCCUCCUGGGAAGGGUACUGGACCAGUUAUUGACUGCCCCUAGACUGAGCGAUGCAGCUGAGCUAGCGCUGGAUGAUUUUAUACUCACCCACACUUUAUUUCUACCUACGGAAGAACUCCUGGUCCAGUUACAACAGUAUUUUUGCGGCUGCAGCCGACAUACUUCUCCAACAUGGGAAGGAAGCGAUGCUCUGCAGAAGAAGCAGGCUGUGCUCUGCGCUCUUCUACAUCUACUGGACACGUACAAGGAUUCUCUGCAAGAAGAGGAGAGAAGCUUCCAGUUAAUCAAGGAUUUCUAUGUCUUGGUUAUGCGGGACGCUCCAAACCUUCCACAGCUCGAGGGAAAUGUCAUUAGGUUACAUCGCUUGGUAGAGACAGCUGAACUUAGGUCACAUCACAACAUGUCAUCUUCUUCAUUCAGACUUACAGAUGGCAGUGCAGCUCCUUGCUCUAAACAGGUCAAGCCACUCUUCCGCCAUUUCCGACGGAUUGACUCCUGCCUGCAGCCACGGGUAGCAUUCAGGGGUUCAGAUGAAAUUUUCUGCAGGGUCUACAUGCCCGACCAUUCCUAUGUUACCAUUCGGAGUCGCCUUUCUGCAUCAGUUUCUGAUAUCCUCAGCUCUGUCUCAGAGAAACUUCAAUAUUCAGAGGAGCAGGGACAGAGAGAGGAGCCUCUAAUCUUGGUGGCUGUUACCAGCGCUGGUGACAAGGUUCUCCUGAAGCCGGAUGAUGGCUGUAUCUUCACCACGCUGGGCAUUAACAGUCACCUGUUUGCGUGCAAUCGGGAUGAGCUGCGCUCUUUGGUCCCCUUGCCAGAAGAGGUCCAGUUGCCCCCUGAAGAUUCUCAUAUUCAUCGAAUCGAGGCAGAGGAUCUGGCCAAUCACCUCAGUGCUUUUCACUGGGAACUCUUCAGUUGCGUACAUGAGCUGGAGUUUGUGGAUUACGUGUUUCACGUAGAGCGAGGACGAAGGGAGACAGCCAAUCUGGAGUUGCUCCUGCAGCGCUGUAGUGAGGUGCAGCACUGGGUCUGUACGCAAACUUUGCUGUGUGAGGCACCAGCGCGACGCACUCAGCUCCUCAAGAAGUUCAUUAAGACUGCAGCCAUUUGUAAACAGAACCAGGACCUCUUAUCCUUCUUUGCAAUAGUGAUGGGAUUAGACAAUAGUGCUGUGAGCCGUCUUCGUGUUACCUGGGAGAAAUUACCUGGAAAGUUUAAGAAUCUGUUUAGAAAAUUUGAAAAUUUAACGGAUCCAUGUAGGAAUCACAAGUCAUAUCGUGAAAUGGUGACUCGAAUGCGACCCCCAGUAAUCCCAUUUAUCCCCCUCAUCUUGAAAGAUCUCACAUUUUUACACGAAGGCAGCAAAACAUUCAUCGAUGGACUUGUGAAUGUGGAGAAAAUGCACGCAAUAGCAGACAAAGUGAGGACUGUGCGGAAAUACCGGAGCAGCCAAAUGAGGCUGGAAUCAGAUGUCUCCCCGACUCAUCUGCAAAAUAAAGCUUAUGUGCGUCAGUUCCAAGUCAUUGACAACCAGAACCUGCUUUUUGAGCUCUCUUACAAGCUGGAACCCAGUGCACAGUGACCAGUGAGCAAAACAUGCUACUCAGACGUAAAGAUUGUGCAGUAUAAAGUGUGCCCUGUGACUGGACGAGGAACUCGCAUCAGAGAUAUUGAAAUCCUUGAAGAAUAGUAUGUACAUUACAAUGUAACGGAAGACAUUACACAAGCUGUGCUUUAAAGGAUGCAUGGUCCUCUCAAUAACGAAUCCAGGUAUCUGCCUCUUAUGUAAAAUGGCAGGAGACAUCUCUUGUACUAAAACCCCAAUAUAGUGCCCCCUGCUGCACAGCAGAGAGACUGCAGAGGUUUUUUGCCUGGACUGAAGAGUGGGUGGCACAAGAUGGGCUGUGAACUUUGAAAUAUUUUUGUAAUAAGAUGAAAUGUACAAUCCACUUUGUGCUAUUUUCUUAUCAGGGGGAAUCAGAAGGUUAAUAGCCGUAUAUAAAUAUAUAUAUAUAUAUAUAUAUGGUUGCAUUCCUGCAUAUGAAGGUUUGCAGGCUACAAAUUUGUAUAUAUAAGUAUUCUUUGGAGCUCAAAUUUCUUGCUGUAUAUGGUAUGUGUUGUAUUUUGGGAGGUGGGUGUAAAGUGGGUUUAUUUAAAUGAUUAAUACAGUUUUUGCUCUCCUGUGCAGCAAAAAAACAAAAAAAAAACACCUAAAAUAGUGUGUUAUAUAAAUGUGUGUGUUUGAAAAUAUGAGAUACAGAUCAUCAGACACUUUAAAGGGAGAAUUUUGCCAAUGUGGAACGUCUGUAGAGGUAGUUGUUAAAAUUGGGCCACAACUAGUUACAGAAGCCCUUCAGUAACCCUAUGUUUCUAUGAACACUCCAGGUAAAAUAUAAUUGCCAGGUUGGUUUGCCAUGUAAAUCAGUGGUUCUCAACCGCGGUCCUCAAGUACCCGCAACAGUUCAUGUUUUCCAGGUCUCCUCACAGGAUUGCAAGUGAAAUAAUUUGCUCCACCUGUGGGUCUUUUAAAAUGUGUCAGUGAGUGAUGAAUACACCUUCAACUGCUAGGUGACCUGGAAAACAUGAAAUGUUGGGGGUACUUGAGGACCGAGGUUGUGAACAACUGAUGUAAAUGAUUGUUUCUUUAAAACUACAGGCAGACUCGCACAGUGUCUCGCACAGCCUGCAAAUUGCACCCUCCAUCACUUACAGCUGACAAAGGAAAGGUUAGGGGUAAGGUAAAUAAUUGGCAUAGCCUAGCCUAAUGAUCAAACUCUCCUUCUUGCAGCAGUGUUCAUGUUGUGAAUAUCACACUAAAGCAUUCUUAUAUCAUUAUAUCUGCUAGUACCUAUUUUAAAUGCUACCUGGCAUAUUAACAGUGGAAAUGGCCAUCAUGGUGAGUAUCCCAGGUUAUCAAAUGGUGUCCACAUAGUCCUAAUUAUGACUACAUAAACAUUAGCGCACGUUAAUGGGGCAUAUUUAAUAAAAUAGUUCCAAGCACACAAGUGUUCUAUAACACAUAGCAAUCAGAGGCUCUGACAGAUUGUGUAGUGCAUUUAUGGAAAUAAAAGUGUCUGAUUGCUGGGGGUCUCAGCACCUUUGCACACACAGGACUAAUGGAUCAAAUGAGCCCCAAUGUGUGCAUGCUUGGUUAUACAGACAGACCUAUAUUUCUAUAUAGGUAAAUAUAUGUACUGAUGUGUCUUAGUACACCUGCUCACUUAUACAGCCAUAUGGCACUUAUGUACCUUUUCAGUUGUAUGGCAUGUUCAGGUUAAGGCCCGUCUGGACGGGUUUCACUAAGGAGCUGGAAUAUGGAUAAAGAUUUUUGUAUUGAAAGAAACUGUUUAAAUGUUUUUAUAUCUGUUUAUUUUAAGAUUGUUAUGGCAAGGUGCAGUCAUUUGGCACUUAAAUGGGCAAACAGACCCUGGGGAGAAACACUGGAAAUCAGUAUAGAGAAAGCACUCAGCCAAUAAACAUUGUUUACAACUUG